UUUUUGUGUCAAUUUAUUGGUUCCUAAAAUUAAUUCUUAAAAAAAAAGAGUUUUUGUUAUUGUCCGAUAAUAUUAUUAUGGUAUUCAUAAAAAAAAAUACUUACCUUUUUCAUAAACAUACCUUUCAUGUGUUUUAUGCUGACAGUAUAUUUAUGAAGAACACAAGACACAUCUUUCCAGCAUUUAGUUACGGAAAGGAAGGUGUGUGAGAAAAGUAUAAUUUGUUUUGUUAAAACCAUUUAAAAGUAACCUGUAUAAAUGGCAUGCACCAGUUGUAACGCACUAAUAAAUAUUUUAAAACAUAUUUGCAGUUAAUAAUCGGAUCUUUUAGUCUUAAUUAUUACCAGUUAUCAUAAAUUAUAGGUAGUUUUUAUAAUUUAAGUCAGAAACUAUAACCACUAAUACAGCCACGUCAGCUAUCCUCUUUUCCUCUUAAACGGUAUUUAUAUACACGGGUCUCUUUCUGACUCCUCUCUCUUUUUCUUUCUGUCUUCUAUCAAAUAGUGUCUAUGUUAAAUAAAUACACAUUUCCUUUUAAAUUAUUAUUAAAUACCCUCGUAAAGUAACCUAGAAAUUGAAUAGUUCGUAUUGUACGUACAUCGCCUCAUUUAUUAUUCUUAGACCUUAUCCUUAAGUGUUUUGAGGUGACCCAAUAAGAAAUCCACUUAAUUGUAGCUUCAACUCUGUUAUUAUAGUUAGAAGUUUGUUCUUUAAACGUAUAAAUUACAGUCGCUUAUUUUGAAUAAAUUAUUAAGAUGGCCUCUAAGACUCUUUAAAAUUUACCGACUUGACCCUAAUAGCCACAAUAAUUAACACGAGCAAAUACAUUAAACGCACCCCUGCAUGAGGCUUGCAUUUAAUUCUUGAAGUACUAGCUUCAUUCAGGGGGCAACCCCUUAAUUAUUCAAUGUAUCAACUAUCCUUUUCAAUUAACAGAAAAAUAAAAGUGAUAGAUAGACCUUGCGUUGUAACUUGUAAAAGCAUUCACUUGGGUCAGUUUCAGUCGCGCGUGGGAGUUCGAGUGGUGCGGACGUCCCGCGAUGCCGAUCCGUUCAAAAUUGCUGGCAGAAAUGCUAUCUCGAAGACAUAACUUUCGAAUAAUAGAAAGAAAAUUGAAAAGUUAAGGACAAAAAGAUAAUGAGUUAAUUUAUUUUUUAUAUAAAUUUUUAUUUCAUUCUGUUAAUGUAUACAAGGUCACGUCCUUCAAUCGAUAAACAAUUAAAUACGUGUGACCAUAUAUUGGACUUGUGUUUUUGAUAUUUACUAUAAGUGCCAAUACAUAGUUUAAGUUUAGACUUAGUGAUUGGAAAAGACAUAAAAACUUUCUUCUUCAUGGAAUAUGGGCAUCUGUUUAGACAUAGAACAAAACAAUGAAGAAUUGGAGACGGCGGAACGCAGUCGUGGCAGUACCAGGCAGACUUCUCCUAUGGGAGCUGGCUUCCCCAUGCAGAACUCGAGUCACGUCAAGUUUGAACCACCGAACGUUCCAGUUAUAUUUGUAUUGGGAGGUCCGGGCAGUGGCAAGGUGACACACUGUGACAACCUGAUGCAGGAGAGACGCGGCCUCGUACAUAUCAAUAUGACAGAUUUACUGCAGCAGUAUGCUAUUGGCAACGACAUGCAAGACUUUGGUACACUGUCAAGUAAGACAGUGACAGAGGUGCUGAUGUUGGAGAUGAAGAUGGCGCCCACUGCUAAGACCUUCCUCGUUUCUGGCUAUCCAAGGUCUAUGAGGGAUGUUGCAGAAUAUUCAGAUAAGAUACAAACAAUUAGUGGUGUGAUUCUCGUGAGCUGGCGGCAGAAAGUCCUAGAACGACAAAUAGAGUAUGGGGCGCGGCUCGGCCAUGUUGUGCUCAGCCUGGCGAGGAUGGAAUUAAACAAUUUCUAUAAGAAUGUGAUGCCCGUUGCUGACUAUUUUGAUCAGAGCAAUAUGCUUGUUGCGGUGAAUGGUGAACGGAACCCUGAUGAAGUGUACAAAGACUUUCGCGCUGCCGUUCUGCAGAUAUUAACCUCCGUUGAAGAUCAGGAUAUGAAUGGUGGCAUACCGGGUGAAAUAGUUGGCGUCGAACCUGCACCAACAAGAAAUCAAACUGAAUUCCAAGACAUUGAUGUCGAAGAUAUGCCAGUACCAACUCGGCCAAUGCCAAUUGUACCGCCUAAUGUCCCACAGAGCAUACCACACGCCUUGCCACAGAGUAUGCCAAAGGUCUUAGCUGUCAACGGUGUGGACCAUGUGAACUCAAGACCUGAAGUGAUAAGAGUUCGUGGUACCGCGAUCGCUACUCCUACGCUUUGGGUGGUAGGUGGUCCGGGUAGCAAUAAGGCCGCCUUGUGUCAGCGAGCGGUGACGCAAAGACACGGUUGGACCCAUUUUAGCCUAGGCCAACGUCUUCGCAUCCUAGCUGAUGCCGGUGGAGGACCCGUAUCAGAUGGUGCCUUAUCCCGUGCUGCGAUCAGUGGGGGAGAGUUGGCACCAAACGAUCUGGUCACCAAGUUGGUGACCGCUGCCGCUGUGGACGCAGCGAGAAGUGGCCAUGGUCUAUUACUAGAUGGAUACCCUCGAGAUGUAGACCAGAUGGACUGGUAUCAGAACGAGUUCAAAGUUCAACCACGUAUGGUACUCUUGGACUGUUCGAAGCUGCAAUUGGGAAGGGGCAGACGAGAUGACUCUGUAGCUGCUUUUAGAAGACGACUCGAAGUGUUCCGAGAACUCAGCCUCCCAAUGCUGAAAAAGCUGGACCAACAGCAUCGGCUUGUUAUUGUUGACGGCGAUACCGAGUCAGAAGACGUUCAAGCAGAAUUCACGAGGGUUCUUCUUGAGGAGAUGGAGAAGGCUGAAGCCCUUGCUGAGAUACCACAACCGGAAUACUCUACUCCAAACGAAGCAAUGUCCCAAUUCACCCAUGCGAUAUCCCGUAUGGGGGCAGGAUUGACUAAUGGGAUCUCAAAUGGGACCCACAAGGCGGUGCCAAAUGGUAACGUUGGCAACGGUUUCAUUGGGAUAAGUAAUAAUAAGGUGAAACCGUUGGUGAACAUGACACGCAUUCCUUCUGUGUCCCAAAUGACACAAGAUGACGUCAGACGACUGUACGAACAAAGUUCGGGGGAUAUAACUGUCAAUACACAUAUAUAAUAUACGUGACAUACUAUCAAAAGUGACGUCAUUGGCCGAAUUGGGAUAAAUGAAUUAUACAACUACAGAAAACUUAAACUACUUUAGUCAUACUAUAAAAAUAUGCUAUGAUUAAACAGUCGGUAAUAUACGUAUCAGGGGCUUGAGACAAAUUCACUUUUUUUUUCAUCUGUAUGGAAAUAGUCAUUCCCAUCACACUUUAGCUUUGGUCUAUAGUCAAUACUCAUAGGAACAUGUAACAAUAGGGAAUGAUUAUUUUAACGUUAUUUAACUGUUUGAUUUUUAAAUGUUAAAAAUUUGAAUUUUACAAUACACAUGUACCUUGUAAAAUUCAAUUUUUUUAUUAUUAUUAUGUAAAAAAAUUAUAAUGCAAAUUCAUUCAUUCAUAUAGGUAACAUAAUAUACUUAUAUUAUAUGCUUCUACUAUUACUACUAUUUUACAUUUACUGUAGUUCUCAAGUUAAGGGCGAAGAAUAGAAGAGAAGAACUGGCAAUAAACUCUUGCCAAGUUUUUUGUUUUAUGCAAUAUUUGUAAAGGAACUGCAACCAGUACACCAUGUUUCACAUGGAAUCUUAAGUUAUCUACACUAAUAUUAUAAAGAGGAAAACUUUGUUUGAUUGUAAUGAAUAGGCUCAUAAACUACUAGACCGAUUUUAAAAAUUAUUUCACCAU